AGCACUGAGGAUCAAAACAUUCCAGCUCUGCACGUUGUCUGCUAAACACGGCUUGCGUGCACCACAAAGGCACGUUUCAGUGUAUCUGUCCACUAUAUUCACCCAGUCAAGCACCAUUAUUCGCGUCUCUCGUCAGUAUGGCGCAUGUGACCGAGGUCCGGGCGAUCAUCAAGAACACGUUCUUGGAGUUCAUCGGGGGGGAAGCCCCUGCCGUUGCUGACAGUGGCAGGUGCCGGGCCAAUUCCUGCCCUUGCAUUCGCGAGCGUGAAGCUCCCAUCGAUGACGGCUACAGCGAAGGCGACUCAUCCGCGUGCCCGAAGCUCAGCAGUCUCGGCAGCUGGGCUGACAUCAGCGAGACAGAGGAGGAAGAUUGCUUCAGCUGCUGCGCCUCCACUGACCUCAAGUUCUGGUCCCCCUCCGGUGCGGAGGACAAGACGCCAUCAAAGACAGGACAUGCCCUUGUGCAACUGCCCGGCAGCAAUCGCACGCCUCUCAGCAGCAAGGCCUCGGCAUUUGUCCCCACGCCUCUCAGCAGCAAGGCCUCGGCGUUCAUACCAGGCGCCGGCGCGCCCAAGCAGGCCAACUGCUCUCAAGGACAGGCCUCAGCUCCUUGCGCCGCACAGGUGCCGAGCGUUCUUCAGAAGGACACUACGGCGCUCAUGCGCAACUUGCCGUCUGACUUGUCGCGCGGCAUGCUGAUCAAGGAGAUGAAGAAGAAGGGAUUCGCUGGACUCUACGACUUCGUGCAUUUUCCCUUGGAUGUUCGUUCCAAGAAGUGCUUGGGCUAUGCGUACGUCAACUUGACCAAUAUGGAGCACAUGCGGCGCUUCACCAGUGUCUUCCACGGCUUUAAAGGCUGGCCUGUCUCGUCUUCGAAGGGCUGCUCCAUUGCGUUCAGUCAGGCGAUAGGCUAUUCCACCAAUGCCGGGCAGUCUGGGAGCAAACGUGCAACGGGCGAGGCGCUGCGCGACAUCUCCAAGGAGAUCUCCGCCCCGAACUCCACCACGGAGUCGUCCAAGGUGUGGGUCUGAGGCGUCCCCCUGUAAGGGUAGGCGCAGGCUGUAGACGCGCGCUGGCUCUUGGUGCCUCUGUGAGAGACGGCUUCCGCAUGUCCCUCCUCAGCCGUGCCCCCUCCAGCCUGGGAGGCCACGUCGGGCGCCUGGGGGUCUCUUUUUCAGCCAGUGGCAGACGCGCUCGCGCUGCACACUCGCGCUGUACACCCCCUACACGGCCCCUAAUCGCCUGGUCAUUGCCGAUAGGGGGGCUUGCCGAUCCCGCUGAGGAGUGGGUGGUUUCGCUACCGGGGCUAAUCGCCCCUUUAUGGGUGAUGUAUCGCCGGCUCCAGGUCGAUGCUCCCCCCCCCAGAGCGGGUACUUCUUUUCUCGUUCCACCUCGCUCCUCCCGUCCCUUCCCCAGACUUCCUCACGAUGAUGACGACGGAGGUCUGGGCUCUUCUUUUCCUGAUCCCCCUCCCCCUCUCCCCUUCUUGCUGCUGCUUCUGCUCGUCCUCCUCCUG